GAGGUUUCCAUGGCGACGGCAAACAAGGCCCUGACUGGAGGGCCGCAGCUGGGCUACUUACUCCCGCCGCCGCCAUGAUUCCCCCCGUGGACUCUCUGCUCAAGUAUGACACCCCGGUGUUGGUGAGCCGGAACAGGGAGAAACGGAGCCCCAAAGCUCGGCCACUGAAAGUCAGCCCUCAGCAGCCCGGACCCUCAGGUCCCGUCCCACAGCCACCAAAGACCAAGCUCCCCUCAACUUCCUGUGUCCCAGAUCCUACAAAGCAGGCAGAAGAAAUCUUGAAUGCCAUCCUGCCCCCGAGGGAGUGGGUGGAGGACACGCAGCUAUGGAUCCAGCAGGUGUCCAGCACCCCCAGCACCAGGAUGGAUGUGGUGCACCUCCAGGAGCAGCUGGACCUGAAGCUGCAGCAGCGGCAGGCCCGGGAGACUGGCAUCUGCCCGGUGCGUCGGGAGCUGUACUCGCAGUGUUUCGAUGAGCUGAUCCGCGAGGUUACCAUCAACUGCGCGGAGCGAGGGCUGCUGCUGCUGCGAGUCCGGGACGAGAUCCGCAUGACCAUCGCCGCCUACCAGACCCUGUAUGAGAGCAGUGUGGCAUUUGGCAUGAGGAAGGCGCUGCAGGCCGAGCAGGGGAAGUCGGACAUGGAGAGGAAAAUUGCAGAAUUAGAAACGGAAAAGCGAGAUUUGGAGAGGCAAGUGAACGGGCAGAAGGCAAAAUGUGAGGCCAUCGAGAAGCGGGAGAGCGAGAGGAGACAGGUGGAGGAGAAGAGGCACAACGAAGAGAUUCAGUUCUUGAAGCGGACUAAUCAGCAGCUGAAGGCCCAACUGGAAGGCAUUAUUGCACCAAAGAAGUGAUCAUUUCCAUAUGGGUCUCAGCAAGCACUACUACCCCAUCAUAAGCCCUUUGUAAUAAAAAGCUUCCCGAGUGAAGCCAUACCCCUUCCCCUGCUCCCACCUACGUAUCUGUCAGAAGCCACACCACCGCCCCAGUGUGGUGCAACGCCUACAGUCUGGCAGCCAGGCUCCAGGCUGGACAACAGAAGGCGGUGUGGCCCAGGAAGUCUCUGUAUGUGGCCAACCUUGGGAUUUGCCAACUCCAACAGUGAGACUCAGAAUUCACCCCUUUUGGCUGUAUCCCUCUCAGGUGGAGCAGCUCCUUCCUCAUUGUCACCCCAUACUAUCACUUAUUUCCAGCCACACAAAGCUGCUUCUCUGUGCCGCAAUGCAUCUUGUCCCUUAACCCGGGCUCCUCUGGCCUCACUCUUGCCCUUAUUUGAUGUCUUUUCAUCAUCUCUACUCCAGUGCAGUUCUAGUACCUCAUUUUGGAG